UGUUGCAACAGCUUAAUCUUAAUUUAUAUAAAACAUACACUAUAGAACAAACAUCUUUUUCAUUGAACUUCAGCUCUCUCAUUUUAAUCCUCGGCACAAAAUCAAUAACCAGUAGUAUUUUAUUUUUUUCUAAUCAUUGUUGCAGUUGAUCAAUAAAUAUAGGGAAACAUUAAAAAAAAUGUUUGUCACCAAUAGCUUUAUGCAAUAAGACUGAAAUUUGUUGCAAGAUCAGAAAUUAAUGUUGUACAUGAUUAUCAUAUCGUUUUGCUGUGUUAGAAUACGGAUUCCGAAAGAGCAUGUCAGAUGUUGUCAAUGAUAUACAAACAACACCAACCGAAGUGAUAUACAGAUAAUCACGGAGACAGAAGAAUCCGUCUUAAUGCAUUAUACACUGUGAUGUUACUGUGUUUAUUUAGCAAUAAGCCCAUGUCUGUUAAUAAGCCCACCAGUUUUAGCUUAUCUUCAGUAUAAUUACUAACAAAUGAUAUUUUAUGGUCCUCAAGCUGGUGCUGCAGUGGCCGAAUGGUCAAGAUGUCGACCGUCUUUAUCACUAGCCUUCAACCUCAGUUGCUUGUUCGAGGCCUAUGUGGUCAGAUACCAGGUUCUGACUGUAGGUUGGUGUUUGUUUCUCUGGAGACUCAGACUUAACCACUACAACCUGGCAUGUCCUUAAAUGAUCCUGGCUGUUAAUAGGAUGUAAGUCAGAGUGUCUACAAACCAGUUUUUUUUUUUAUAAACCCAUAGGCCCUAGGUAGCAAUUAAUGAAUUCAAAGGUUUGAGUUUAUAUCCUCUUAGUGAAACACAACUGUUCAGCAUAGCUAGUGCUUAAUGAAAAGUUCACAACUAAAAUUGUAAAAUUGGUAAAAGUUCAGAAUAUUUAACCAGGAAAAAAUGUUUAAAAAUUAAAAAAAAAAAAAAUUAAAAAUACAGGAAAAUUUAAUUACACCUAAUUCUGAUGAAUGGAUAUUUUAGAACAGAAAAUCAUGUGUUAAGUUUACAGGAAAUUUAUCUGAUAUUCCUAAUCAAAGGUUAUUUAAAUACAAAUUAGUAGAAUCAGCCUUCAUUUGUGUACUUCAUUGUCAUAAGGUUUUAAUUUGACAGAUGUAUCAUUGGCAGUUUUCAGUUCAAGAAGUUGUUAAUUGUGUUUCAUGAAACUGCAAUAUUAGAUUUGUACACCGUAUCUUAAGAACCAUGGCCAGAAAGGCUGCAUAUCAUCACAAUGUUCUUAAUGAGCCAAUGUGUUGGUCAUUAUCAUAUCGGAAUUCAACAAAUAAAUUUCUUGCGACCACAAAAUGCACUGUAAUGCGUGUCCAAACAUCAGAUAUCCUGAGAUCUUGUGUGUGGAUUUUAACUUGUUUUGAUAGGUUCUGUAAAAAAUUUACAUUGGAGGUUCGUAUAUGUUAAAUGUAGCAACAUGUGAUGUUUAUAGUAAAGUUUUUUAUUUUGGAGGCAUCCUAAUUUAAGCUAUUUUUAAAAAUGGAAUAGAAUAGUAAAGAAAAAUAUAGAUCACUUGAAUAUAAAAUCAGUAAAGGAAACCACUGUCCAGUUCAUGACUUAUGUGAGUAUUAUGUUCUUUUAUGUGAAUCAAUGUUUUGUGAAAAAGCAAAUUUUUAAACUACUGAAAAUAUUAAUCUUUACAAUAACUAAGAACAAAUGGCAAAAGAGCUCGCUCUUCAAUGAUCAAGUCGUCAAUUUUACAUAAAGUGAAGACCAGUGUAGUGGAUCAGUUCAUUUAUGUUAAUUUUUCAAUCAUUUUCUAGCUAAUACUUUCAUGACAACUUUUGUCCAUAGUGUCUUAAAAGUUCUUGUUGUUUCUAAAGGGAAGUUGCAAAUAUGUGUGAAAUGCUUUUAUGUGUUUUAGCUUUAAUCUGGUUAAUUUUUUCAAUGAUAACUUACCACGUAAUUUUGUGUUCACAAUGACAACAGCAAUCGGGUAGUGUACUUAUUCAGUUAUCUUUCUUUUAGAGGUUACUGUAACUGUAUUUAUUCAGCAAUAAGCCCACCUGUGUCUACUGUGCAGUUGAGUAGAAAUACCAACAAAUGCUACAUGAUUAUCCUGUAAUAAGCCCACCCUCUACUUGGAGUAUGGUUUUGUUUUGGCCUAAGGUGCUUUUUAAAGAAUCUGAACGAUAACAUUGUGCUUUCCACACUGUCAGUUGGUGAUAAAGCUGAACGUGGCUUUAAGGCAUGAGAUGUUGAGUCUGCAUUUAUGUGUGAAAAUAUAUUUUGUAUUAAUUAAUAUUACGAUUCCACAAGAAAAACUUUGAAAUAUUUUUGUACAAAAUGUGAAAAUUUUGUAACAUUUAUUUAUAUGAAAUAAAUAAGAUAAUUAAAAAUGUAUACCAAAUAUUUUUAUUGUACAUAUAAUUAUGCAUUUUCCCGAUAAGCCAAAUGAAAUUGUAGAAAUUGCACUAACCAAGACAUUCCAUUUAUAUGAAAAUAUUCUGGAGAGAAACUGUUUAUUAUCACCAUAAAAAGACAAAUAAUUUAUCAUUAUUACUUAUUAUUGUGACAGAAGAGUAGAAGAUUGGAUAUUAUCACAAUUUACUAUGACAGAAGUUUGGUUAUUAUCACUGUUAACUGUGACAGAAUAUUGGUUAUUAUCACUGUUAAAUGUGACAGAAUAUUGGUUAUUAUCACUGUUAAAUGUGACAGAAGAUUGGUUAUUAUCACUGUUAAGUGUGACAGAAGUUUGGUUAUUAUCACUGUUGACUGUGACAGAAGUUUGGUUAUUAUCACUGUUUACUGGGACAGAAGAAUGGUUAUUAUCACUGUUAACUGUGACAGAAUAUUGGUUAUUAUCACUGUUAAAUGUGACAGAAGAUUGGUUAUUAUCACUGUUAAAUGUGACAGAAGUUUGGUUAUUUUCACUGUUGACUGUGACAGAAGUUUGGUUAUUGUCACUGUUAGCUGUGACAGAAUAUUGGUUAUUAUCACUGUUAAAUGUGACAGAAUAUUGGUUAUUAUCACUGUUAAAUGUGACAGAAUAUUGGUUAUUAUCACUGUUAAAUGUGACAGAAGAUUGGUUAUUAUCACUGUUAAAUGUGACAGAAGUUUGGUUAUUUUCACUGUUGACUGUGACAGAAGUUUGGUUAUUAUCACUGUUAAAUAUGACAGAAGAUUGGUUAUUAUCACUGUUGACUGUGACAGAAGUUUGGUUAUUAUCACUGUUAGCUGUGACAGAAUAUUGGUUAUUAUCACUGUUAAAUGUGACAGAAUAUUGGUUAUUAUCACUGUUAAAUGUGACAGAAGAAUGGUUAUUAUCACUGUUAGCUGUGACAGAAUAUUGGUUAUUAUCACUGUUAGCUGUGACAGAAUAUUGGUUAUUAUCACUGUUAAAUGUGACAGAAUAUUGGUUAUUAUCACUGUUAACUGACAGAAUAUUGGUUAUUAUCACUGUUAUAUGUGACAGAAUAUUGAUUAUUAUCACUGUUAACUGUGACAGAAAAUAGAUUAUCACUGGUAAUUGUGUCACAAGAUUGUUUAUAAUUGUUAAAGGUCAGAAAAUUUGAUUAUUGCUGUGAAAUAUUGUCACAGAUAGGGCUUAUACCACAUGUAUUUAUAUAUUAUAUUCACCAAAACAAUGAUCUGAAAAAUAAACCCAUCUGUUCAAAACGAA